AAUGGGGUGGAGUAUGUCUAAUAAACAUGCACAGUGCAAUGUCAUUAAGAGCAACUGAUGACCAUUGGACCCUGAGAGUGAGCCGAUAAACACCUGUUCAGUUUCAGGGGUGUAAAAUGGUGUGUGUGUGUGUGUAUGUGUGUGUGUGUGUGUGUGAGGGGCGGGAGGAGGAGAAAGCAACUUAUAUAAAUCAUUAUACAUAUCUCUUGAGCCAGACACAUCUCACAGGGACAGACGAGACACACCACAGAUACACUCUCACACACUUACUGACUCCGUGAGCCAAUUCUGAUUUCUGCAAGUUUUACCAAUUUCAUAAACUGAGAUCUGGAUUUGUUUGACCGCUGGGCCGAGGACGGGUCAUGGAUCCAAUUGUGGAAGUAGUGGCUCUGUUGCUGGGGUUCAUCGGUUGGGUGAUGGUGGGGAUCGCCCUGCCGAACCGUUACUGGAGGACCUCCACGGUCGACGGGAACGUCAUCACCACCUCCACCAUCUAUGAGAACUUGUGGAUGUCGUGUGCGACCGAUUCAACCGGGGUGCAUAACUGCAGGGAGUUCCCCUCGCUGCUCAAUUUGAGUGGUUACAUCCAGGCAUCUCGUGCCUUAAUGAUCACAUCGAUAGUGUUGGGCACCUUUGGACUGGUGGCGGCCCUGAUAGGAAUACAGUGCUCAAAGGCUGUGGAGGAAAAUGCCGUCCUAAAAGGGAGGAUCGCCGGCACUGCGGGAAUCCUUUUCCUACUUCAAG